AUGAAGUGGGAUUUAAUAUCUUCAGAACAAAUCAAAGUAUACAUUUUGUGUGUUAACAGUGGUUGUGGCGCAAUUAGAAUACCAGCAACUCCAUCUCCAACACCAAAUAAUAACUCAACCUCUUGGGUAACCGUUGAAACUUUUAAUGAAGAACAUAGUACAGUAGUUUGUUCAGGUUACAAAGUCAUUGUAUCUACUUAUGCCAAUGCCGAGUGUACUGGUCAAGCUAGCCAAGUUGAAACCUAUAAAUCCGGUGUAUGCUCUACUGCCAAUCAUUGGGGAUUCGCCAAACGUUACACAUGCUCAUCAAGUCUACCAGCAUACCCAGAGAGAUCAUUGGUUUUGGCUUACUACGAAACCUGUAACAAUUCAACAACAAACAAUACCCUUGAAAUGUAUCGUUGGGUUCCAACCUACAAAUGUAUGGCACUUACCAGAGCCUUUUUGAAUCCAUCUGGAUCCGGUUCAGGUUCCAGCGCUUCAUCAGGAUCAGGUAGUACAUCAGGAUCCGGUAGUUCAUCAGGCUCAGCUAGCGCUUCAGGAGGUAGCGCUUCAGGAUCAGAGACUGGUCAACAGGGAACAAGAUAUUUAAUGUCAAAAGAACUCGACGAACCAGUUGACCAUACCAAUGAGCUUCAAUUGUUCUCAGAGUAUAUCGAUAAUGUAGCUGGAUUUUCAAAUGUAAUCAAGCAAAAACAUAGCAACAGUAUCACUGUUGAUAAAGAGGUUGAAAAGGAUGGAGUUGGUUCAAUUUCGAUUACCGGUGAAUCAGGAACUGGUUUGUUGUCCUCUGGUUUCAACACUGGUACUUCUGGAUCCGCAAAUACCGGUUCCAGUCAAGAGGUCAACGCUGUGCUAUUCGCUUUGAUCCAAUGUGAUCUAGCAAAGUUCAGAUAUGCCACUUUUGCUAAUGGAGCUGUUAAUUCUGCUACUGCCGGUGGUACUCUAUCGACCGGUGAAUUCACAAGCGGUGAUCCAGAGGGAUCUCAAAUGACCGGUGAUUUCACAUCGGGUACUGGAGAUUCCAGUGGUGGUUCAGGAGCAUCUGGCAAUUCAGGUUCACAGUCAUCACAAAACGGAUGUUCCAUUACACCAAACUCUGGUUAUGCUGGUACAAUUCAACAAUCUUGUGUUAAAUCGAAAUCUCUUUUACAAGUAACAUGUGUUCCACCAUUCCAUAGUUAA